GCACGGCGCCAGAAGUCACUUGGUUCAAAGAUGGCAAACAGAUCAGAACCGACUCAAUGCAUGAGAUCAUAAAAGAAGAAACGACGCAAACUUACACACUUAUCAUCAAAGAAUCUAGCCUUACCGAUGCUGGCCAUUAUGAAGUGAGGGCAGAGAACUCAUCCGGCUGCGUACAGAGCACUGCUGAGGUUACGGUAACGCAAGCUCUACAGAAACCCACCUUUAUCAAGGAGCUGGUAUCCACUGAAGUGAAAGUGAAUGAAACGGCAACGUUGAGCGUUACCGUACAAGGUAUGCCAGCUCCAGAAGUCAUUUGGAAGAAAGAUGGUCAACCAGUCAAUAUCGACAACACCCAUAUCAUCUCCAAGAAGGAAAGCGAGCAGAACUACUCGAUUACCAUCCAUUCUGCUCGAAUAGAAGAUGCUGGAAAAUACAGCUGCGAAGCCAAGAACGUUGCUGGAACAGCCGAAUGCUCAGCUAAUUUCGCUGUCGUCAAAACUAUGGAAGCUCCACAAUUCACAGAAUCUUUGCGACCUGUUGAGAUCAAGGAGACAGAAGCUGUACAACUAUCAGUGACAGUAACUGGAACACCACAGCCACAAGUGUCAUGGUACAAGGAUGAUAGACCAGUGGAAAUCGACGCUGUUCGCACGAUUGUCAAAGAUGAAGGCAGUGGACAUUAUACACUGACAAUUAAAGAUAGCAAAGUGACAGAUGUUGGCAGAUAUUCGUGCAAAGCUGUCAAUGCGGCUGGAGAAGCUCGUACUGAAGCUACCGUUCAUAUCGCCAAGGAAACUGCUGCACCACAAUUUACGGAAUUCCUCAGACCUAUGGAAGUGAAGGAGACGGAGACUGUGAAGUUGUCAGUGACAGUGACAGGAAUUCCACAGCCGCAGGUGCAAUGGUUCAAGGAUGACAGACCAGUGGAGAUUGACACAGUCCGAACCAUUGUCAAGGAUGAAGGUCAUGGCAGCUACACUCUGACAAUCCAGAAUGCCAAAGCGACAGAUGUUGGCAAAUACAGCUGUAAAGCUGUGAACGAAGUUGGAGAAGCUAGAACUGAAGCUACCGUACAUAUCGCUAAGGAAACGGCUGCUCCACAAUUCACAGAAUUCCUUCGACCAAUGCAAAUCAAAGAAGCUGAGACAGUGAAAUUGUCAGUGACAGUGACAGGAGUACCACAACCACAAGUGUCAUGGUUCAAAGAUGACAGACCUGUUGAGAUUGACACAGUUCGCAUGAUUGCCAAAGAUGAGGGUAGCGGUCACUUU